GACGGAACUGAUCCGGCUAAAACGUGACCGUGCUGCAACAUAAAUCAUUCGAUACACGCUUGAGGCAAAGUGAUGAGUUUCAUACGGAGUCAGAGCUCAUACCUACCCCGAUUGGAGACUUAACCGGCGGUCGUCAGCGCCAGCUAAAGCCUGCCUAGACAACUCGGUCUCUCUCGUCUGUCUCCAAACCGACAUACAGAAGGAAUCUUAGGCCAGGAUAUCGGCGAGUGCGAUUGGUUGAUACAGAAAGAAAAGUGUCUCACUCACGCCUAACCACAGCACUCAUGCAGCAUAAACAACUCUUUUUGGCCUAAAGGUCUAGAUACCAGGCCAUAAACUAAAAAAAUAAUAAUCUUGCAGCAUAAUUUGAACUUUGCAUUAGCGCAUUGAAAAUUAAUUCAAUUCACGAAAAGAUUGAGCCUUAAAACGUAGGUAAUUACUAUUUCUGGGUCGUAUAUUAUUAUUUACUUUUUGUAUUUAGCGAUUUUUUUGCUUUUUAAACGACCACGACCUCAUAUUUCCCUUGGCUACGUCACGCCUUAAAUCAUUCGAGACAUCAGCGAGUUCACAGUUACUUAAAUCUGAAUUUAAAAGACAUAUUAUCCACCUUCUAAUUUACAUGCACUUACAAACAAUGUAGGUAUAUAUAAUUCACUGGAUUUUGUUUACACAAAUGUUUUAGUUACGACGCCUGUUGUCAUCUAAUUAUUUAAUAUUCGUAGCGUUUUGAAGAUAACAAAAAGCGUCUUGCUGCGUUGAUAUUAAAAAAAAGCAUCCAUCAUAAAAUGAUUAAAUGCACACCAUUGAAAUACAAACCAUCGUGCUCUGACAAUACUGACUAUAACGUCUUGUCGUUUACUAUACGCCGCAAGUUUAUUCAAUUUACCACCAAUAACUGUACGACAAUCAAAACUGACACUUAAGCAAUUUAAAAUAAAACUCGAAAUUCCAUUUUUCAUAUCGAACACUCGCUUCAGGGGUGCGAUAAGAUGUCAACCGAAAGAUACUGCAUGUCAGAAAAAUGAUAAAUGAUCGAAACACGUCACGAACUUAAUCUCUCCGAUAAUACAAACCACAGCGCCACCUGUGCGCCGCGAAACGAAAAAACCGAACGGCAAAGUCGCCUGUAGAUGUCCACAACUGACCCAGUUACCUCGCUGGGCGAAAAUAGCCAGUCACAAUAGCUCACCAACUAUUUUUAGUGUUCUUAAACAUUUAAAAAUAAAAUAAAUUAAAUCGUUUUAAAAUCAGUUGUGUGGUGUACUGUGGGGCGAAGCGGCGGCCCGUCUGGACUUGCGCGUUUCAGGCAGUCGUGAUCGAUACCUCGACGAGGGCACAUCCGGACCCACGCCGCUUAGUAAACGCUAGAUAAUAGUUUAGUAAACAAGGGAACAUGCACUAGUUUGGUUAUAAAAUGGAGAACGUAAAACGUUAUAUACGAAGCGAAUCGGCUAGUUGCGCGCAUAUGGUCGAGGAAGGCUCCGCCAGCAACAGAAAGAGCGCCGACCCUCAUGAAAAGCUGAAGGCUCUAUUGAAUUCCCCCGAAGACGACACAGAAGACACCUUGCCACCCACCGAUGCCCCUAAAUUCGGGACCGUAAUCCACAAUCGGAUAUUUGUGGGGGGCUUCUCCCUGACGACCACUGAUGAAGACCUGUGGAAGUUCUUCUCGACUUUCGCGACAGUGACGGCUGCGAGGGUCAUCUACGAUCGGGCAGGCGUUUCCAAGUGUUACGGGUUCGUGACAUUCGCCAGUCCAAGAGUUGCGAAGCUCAUCGUAAAGCAGAGUGGCGGAGUAAUGUUUUCUCCGCUUGGGCGUUUGAGGGUCGCGCAGGCUGUCAGGAAACAGAUAAGUCAACUCCCAGUCCUGGGAACUGAAGCUGCCCCACUACAAGCUCCGUUGUGCUACCAGCUGCUUUGUGCUCCACCUCUAGCUCCGCUCCCAACGUGUGGUCCAUGCGAACUGCCACCACCGUAUGCUGUGUAUCCUCUGCCAUUUGAGACUCCGGCCAUAUAUGGUCCACCAGCCCAGUACACCUUGGUACCAGCUCCGUAUAGCGCCCCGUGCUGUGAGCCCACCUGCUGCACUCCACUCGAUAAGCAGCCCAGGAUUGCUCCGGCACCACUACAUCCGGCGUUCAUUUACUGAACCUUCAGUUCGUUACGUCAUUUUCAUUUCGUGCGAGUCAAUGAUCGUUGACGUCAUCCAAGCAACUUCGGAAAUUGUGUUUGGCGCAUCCAUCAAUGACGAAAUAUCUACUUCGAAAGCCUAAAGUUAACUGUCAAAGAUGAAUCUUGAUUUGAAAUGACAAUUUGACAAAUUCACACUAAAAAUCUUAAUCGGUAAUACAAUCAAGUUAACGGUCAAUCAUCAAUACGACAGCUUAAAGCUACAAAGUUCUUAAAAAAACAAAUGAUCAUUGUCUCGCAAAACUUCUGGUACGUUUAUAAAAUAAUUUGUAUAUUUCGCUUUGAACUUUGCUUCUUAAUGUGAACGUUCGCAAGAAGCUUUUUGUAAAAUUCCAUAUUUAUUGCUCAAGUCUUCCAAUCGAUUCAUGCUCAAUACUAUCUCACUCAUAGAUUGUUUCUUGAAUACACGAGAACAAAAUACGUUUUCUGGAGUGGUAAGCGGUAAUAAAUGUGUUCAAUCUAUUCUGGGAAUUAUCGAUGAAUUUUGGCCAUUGUGCUGUUAUUUUUUAAAUUCUAUCAGUUACUUUCGUAGUUCAUUCAAGCGUUAUAACAUUCUCAAAGUGGUUUUAGAUUCAUCGAAAGAACUUAUUGAACUGUUUUUCCAAUAUGCCUCCAGUAAAAGUUCAUAAAAGUAAAUUAAGUUUUUAAAGUGGAAGCUCUUUAUCUGAUUUUAAUCAAUUGACUCACUUUAACAACACCGAAUUAAUGUGUUUCAAUACAGCAAUGAUAGUAGGUUUAAUAAACAUGACUUUAAAUCGGAACACAAAAAUGCAAAAGAGUUUGAUGGAAUCCUUGAUUAAGUGAAUGAAAAAGAUCCAAACUAUGUGAAAAACGAAGUUGACAAACUUGUGCAAGAACCGGCACAAAAUGAUUAGUUGCUAGUUGUGUAGAUAAAAAUAUUACCUCUCGUAAAAGACAAAUAUAUUGCUUGUUAUCCUUUUGAAGGAUUUUGUUUCAAUUUAGUGGUUAAGAUUGAUUUUUUAGGGUUCCCUCAUAAUCUAGAAGCAGAGGAGAAAUAAAUAUUUUUUGUAACAUAUUCAGUUUUGGAAAUGUUGCUGUUGUUUAUAUCUGGGUCCAAAGUGUGAAUGGGAACCGACUUAGGGUUGCAAAGUAAUACAAAACUGGUUUGAAAAUAAAUAAUAGAUAAUUAUUGGUGUGAUAUUCAUUGUGGGGAUGGAACGUAAGCAAUAACUUCCUAGCUAAUAAAAUAACACGUUGAUGGGUUUGUUGUUUGUUUGUGUGAAUUUAAAAAACAAAAAUAUAGAGCUAAAAACGCGCUACACAAAUAUCGACAGCUUAGCAGCUGCACAACUUCAAGCUAAUGAAUAAUUCAGGCUAUUUAAAUUGAAAAAAAAAAACGAGAAUUUCGUUAAUCCAAUAAUUUAGGACCAAAAUUCUUGUUUCGAGUCGAAAUAUCGCGUCGUCAUUUCAAAAAAAUCUUUAAUACGUAAUAUCGUUGUAAUAAUCAUUUUUGAUAUAAACUAUCUCUGUGUGCUACUUUUAGUGCUGUAUGUGAUCCAUUUCCAGCUUCAAGAAUUAUUUUAAUCUUAACACGCUCGUUAUCUGUGUGUUGACCUUCAAUGGAUCAAUCAAAUAUCAUAGCUGGAUCAUGCGUACUAAGGCCUUUUGCCUGUAGUUUAAGGCUUUUGUCUCAAUUAUUACAUUGUACAUCAUAUACGACUAAUUACUUGAAAUUACGGUCAAUUUAAUGUCUUGAAUUUCGAUUACUAUUUAUUAGAUAAGUCUGUAGCGUAAAAGUGAUGCUUUGAUGCCCAAAACAUUAAAUCAUUUCACAAUAGGCUUCUAUUGCGUUUCCUCUUCAAUAAUUCAUAAUAUGGAAUCUGAAAUUUAUGAAAGCAAUAAAUAAUAAAGGGAAACAUGUAUUUUUGUGUUUUUAAGAUAUCGUUAGUAAUUAGCUUAUUAUGAAUCGUCUGAUGUUUAUCACUAUUUACUAAAAUUUCUAAUUGUAUAAAUCACUUUUUUAGAUUCUAUUCUCGAGUACAAUAUUGAUGUGUUGUAGUUUAUAAGCUGUUUAAUCUUAUCACUGCUUUUACAAUAACUUAUAUGAAUAUAUAAAAAAAUGCACUGGAUUGUAAUGUGAGCUUUCGGGUUUAAGCCUGAUCGUAGUGUGAGCACGCUACUUAAUGGUGCGUGUGUUGGAUGAUAAUGGGAAAUGAUAGCGUUGACAGCUUCAAUCUAUGUUCUAAUUCAAAGGAGUUUGGAUAUAUGUUCCAGUAGCACUAUUUUUAAUGCAUAGGCAAAAGUACGGGAAUAUAUUUAAUGUUAUCUGAUUCGCGAAGUAUUAAAUGAUUCUUUUCUUAAAUUCAAGUCUAUACAUAAGCAUAGACUUCUCUCCAAAGACAGUUAAUUCGAAAGUUUACUGAUGGUAGGACCUCUUGUGAGUCCGCGCGGGUAGGUACCACUACCCUGCCUAUUUCUGCCGUGAAGCAGCAAUGCGCUUCGUUUUGAAGGGUGGGGCAGUCGUUGUAACUAUAAUUGAGACCUUAGAACUUAUAUCUCAAGGUGGGUGGCGCAUUUACGUUGUAGGUGUCUAUGGGCUCCACUAACCACUUAACAUCAGGUGGGCUGUAAAAUCGUCCAUCCACCUAAGCAAUAAAAAAAUAAGUUGCUUAUUUCUUACAUUUCAAAUCUAAUUCAGUAAUUUAUUUAUUUUCUGCCACGUGGUCCUACUCUUCAAUCAGAUUGGCUCUGAACCGUAGAUCGUAUUACCCAAGAGGCGAAGCGUACAUAAAAUUUCCAAUUUUCUAUAUAUUCAUAUAUUUAAUUGUUCAACUGAUAUUAUGUGGCCUAGUAUCUAUACUGCCUGACAUAUCGAGAAAAUCAAAACGCUAUAUUAACUUAUAUUUUCUAUGAAAUCCUGCUCGGGAUUUUCCUUUAGUAUUGUGAGGAAUGUAAAUUAGACAAUAUUAAAUAAAAUAUAUAAUAUAUAAAGAUUUCACGAGUAUUUACGUCACACGCGAAUGGCUUACAUAUUUUAUAGAUGAUAAUGAUUGUUGUACUUGUGUUAAGGUUGAUGUACGUAGUUUUUCAAUGUAUUAUAAGUGUUAAAUGUUGUAUUUUAAUAGAUAUUUGUGAUGUCAGCUUCUGUGUGCAGAUCUUCAACGAUUAGUAUCUCAGUGUUAUACCAUUGCUGUUUCUUGGAGCGUCUAAUGGACUUAUUCCUUCUGAUUUUGGUAAUUAAUUUCAAAACAAAUUGUUCGAACGUGUAAUUUUAACUGAUUCCCAAUUAAACUUUUGUCUUCACACUAUGAGUAUUCACUUUACAAUGCCUUUAAUAGGCAGCCGCUGAAUUUUGGUGGAACCAUGUGAUCACUUAUCUUAACUAGCACAAUAUCAAUCACUCCUGCCCCUAAAAACACGUAUACUCUUACAAAAGCACAAGAUAAUUGAGGCUGUCAGUGCAAAAGUGGCACAUAGGUCAUACUAUGGAGAUAAUGAGGCUCGAAUUUACUUUUACACUGUUUCGCAGGCAAAAACAAUACGCGCAAAAACAAUGUUUACAAAGCCAUCUGUUAUCUAUGGCCGAAACUAGGCAUAGGGCGGUUUUGCAUAAAAAUGUAUUAUGUUUUAAAUAAAUUAUAAUAUAUAUACGCACGAAUAUUAAGUAUUGUGGGUCAGUCCACUUUUGCGCUGACGGCCUCAAUUCAUGUUCGAAUCCGAAGGUAUAAGUCUUUUGAGAUUGUGACAUACAGAUGCAUCCGUCUCCUCACUCUUUACAUUAUCAUACAGGGACGAAGACAAUAUAGUCAAAUUUUAAGAUAUUCGGUAGAUGUCCUCCAAGGAUUAACGUGGGUCGAAUAGUGACGUCCAUUUAAAUUCAUUAAUAACUAAUUCAAGUCUUGUUCUAACAUUGAAGAUAUUUAAUACAAAAUGUCAAACCUCUAAAAAACUGACUACGACAAUUAUUGGUAGCAAUGAAGUAAAUUUAAAAAAGUAAUUACACACUUAACCUCUUUUACUAUCUUAGAAAACCAAAGUUCGUUUAAAUUCUGAAUUAUAACAAAGAAAACAUUGACUAUGUUAUAAAUAAUGACAUGAAUAAUGGUUAUUGAAAGUAAUGCUUCUGUAUCUAAAAUAUAUAAGUAGAACAAGAUUCUGAAAAAAAAUAUUAUUCAAUUUAAAGUUAUGAUUUAAUUUAUUACAAUAACCGGCAUCAUUUAAUAACGCUUAUCUAAAACGGCGCAGCAGUCGCAGUGUUGAAAAUUCGACGUUACACUAUGUUACUACUUCUAAUAAUAAAUGAUUUAUUUUUCAUAAUAUCCUUUUAGAUGCUGAUAUUUUUGGUGUUCGUUUUUCUUUUACAGUGACCAUUAAAUUGAUGAGUUUUGGACACAAAGUGACUUGUAAGAUGGUGGUUGACUAUUACCAAAGUCUAUAGCUCAGCUCAGCUAUAAACGGCGAUAUGAUAUUAAAAAAUGUUUAAAAAAAAUUAUCGGUUUUCAUAGUAAAUUUCCCACUUUGGAAAAAAAUAUGAUUGUUAAGGGUAUUGCGCUACUAAGAGACAACUACUCUUGACUUAUUUCAAUGAAAUACAAAUGUGGCACGUGAAAGUAACUUCGUCUUCUUCGUACUUUUUUCUUGUUCUAAUUUCUGAGUCUAAAGAAUGAUAUUUCGAAGUAAUUCCAAAAGGAAAAAUAAACUUAAUCCCACAGGAUAUAACGUAUCUUAUCAUUUGAAUAGAACUUUCAAUGCCGAUUGUUCAUAGAAAAAUCUCAAUUGCAAUAAAAACCUGAAGGCUCUUUGAAAAAUAGAACAAAAUAAUAAACUAAUAACCCCAUUGAAAUGGUCACUCUAAAAAAAGAACCAGCAAUCCUUUUGAUAUAAUAUUUACAACAGUCCAAGGAACUUAAUUUAAUAAUAGUUGAGAAUUUGAAAAUUAAAAUCAUAUAUAACGUUGUUGAAUUAUUCGUCUUGUUACAUUUUACAUUUUUUAUUGUUAACUACUUUUAAGAGAUAAAUUAGAACGCUGUACAUCAAAUUUAUUACGACUCAUUUAGUAGGGCGCGUCGAGCCCGUGUGGGCUGAUAACAAAGUCCUGAUUAUUUCAAUUUGAAAGUCAUAGGAUAUCUGAAGGAGGAAUGGCCAGUGAUUAGUAUAAUGAUACCGAUAUAAUUGAGAUUUCUAGCAUGUGUCAUGGAGUCAGCCAUUUUGUUUAAAGGCCCCGGCAACUCCUUAGUACUGAAGGGUGAGCUCAUCUUCCCAUCUUCGCCAGUAAAACAAUAUAACCGCAUCCAUAAUGCCUAAAGCUAAAAUUAAACCUUUUCAGAUAUAUCUUAUUAGACUAAUGCUAUCUUCUCUAACUUACUAUUUAUAAUAAUUAUUAUCACAAUGGUGUCUGUGAAUUUGCUAUUCUGUACGUACUUUAUUAAACUGUGUGUUUAGUGAUGUGAUUCAUAAUAUGUAUGAUAAUCUUUAUUAAAUAAAAAAACAUUUAAUAAUAAAUUAUAGUCGGGCUGUCGCUAUCGUUAUUCAUGUAUUCACGCACAUUAUUGUAAUGAUUAAAUUAUAUUUUAAAUAUUAAAAAUAAUCACACAAAAGUCGUAUCAUCGAAAUAAUAAAGUAAAUAAGUAUAUUAUUGUUGUAGUAUUGUAUUACGUAAUAACAGGUAUUGGCGCGAAAAUCAAAUUUUUGCCAGAGUUCUCUAAAAUUUACUUAAUUGCGAUUACAAAUGGGUGCACAAAAAUUUCGAACAGUUUUUAAUUUUUGACAAUCAUAGCCAAUUUUUGAUUAUUAUUCAGUUCUAAUCAUUAAAUCACCAAAUGUCAAAUACACUGUCGCUUCAAUUAUUUUGUUUUUAUUGGUAAUAAGACGUAUUGUGAACUUGUACGGGUAAAUGUUAUCACCCAACUUGUUUCUGAGAUGAAGUUAUCAGACACUCUAGUUUGAAGGAUCGGACAUUUGUUAUUACAAUACUAUUGUAAUAACAAAUCUCCUGUCGCCUGCGUGUAUACGAUAAUCAUUAAACACCAAGAUGAUGGAAACAGGGAAUUCGUAUUGGGUGUCGUCUUUAGAAAUCUAUGAAGCCAUAAUUUUAUUAAAUCCCUUCCGUAUUUUCGUCGUCUAUUAUCAAAGGUGGCAAUCUGUGCAUUUGGACAAAAAAAUGUUAUUGAUAUGUCAAUACAGAUUGAUUUGAAUAUAAUCGUCUCCUUCAAAGAAUACGGUUCAAAACCUGCAUUAAAUAAAGGUUAAUAGUUAACCUGUUAUUUAUCUAAGAUGUCGUUCCGAAGAGUUUUGUGACUGCCAAUGGAAUACAAAGUCAAUAAUUCGUUUUUCUGAUUUACCAAUAAUUGUCCAAAAGUCAGAUUGCCGGCUUUGAUAAUAGUCGACUCAUUUAAUGAUAUUCAUUUGCAAUCUCACUAUAAUAUAAAAAUAACAAUGCUUCCGUUAACGCGACAUGUCCUUUUGUUAUGCGAUACAAUAAUAACAACAAAACGAAAAUUUAUUAUUGUUGAUUAUUAUUAUUAUAAUAAAUGUCUAGUUAAAAUAUUAAUGUAUGUGAUAUUGUUAUUGGAAUGAUAGAUUUAAAUGAAAAUGCUAUACAUAAUUCGAUUAUUAAUGAACUAUAAAUUCUUCUUGUUGACGUGUGUAUUAGGUGUAAUGAUAUAAGAAGACAUUAGUUUAUAAGAUAAAUGUUUUAAAUGAUAAAUGAUACAGUAUGUUAUUGGUAUUGAGUAUUUAUUAUGUAAUGCUGAUUGAAUUUAAUGGCGGCAUAUAUUAUCGUGUCUUCAACAAAUAGAUCCUCAAGAAUCGUGUUGUUUUAAGAGUUUGCAACCGAAUUUUUGUGGUACUUGUAAUUUCAUUUUAAAAACUAUUUUUUGCAUCUACCUUUAAAAAUAUUUAGAUAUUUUUAUGAAAUCGUGAACCGUACAGACGAAACAGUAUUUUUCAUUUGCGAAGACUUUAAUAAUUCGUGUUCUAACAACAUGUUCUGUUUGUAUGUCAUUGAUGGAAGAGUUAAAAGUUAAAGUAUCGAAAAACUGUCCUGCGUAUUGCCAAAUAAUACACAGACACUCAUAUCAUUUUUUUUUCUAUAGAAGUACCUACCUAACGCCUGCCCAGGGAUGACUGCCAUCAUUAAGUAAUGAAAAAACAUUUUUGACCUUGCCUAGCAGCCGGUGGUAUUAUGGGCUCGCCCAUGUAGGUGAGACGGUACCUUUAGGUUUAGAUCUACCUCAAAGCAGUCUUUUCGGUUUGAAUAAUGCGACAACUGUUAUUAUUAUAAUGCAAUUGAGACUCCGACCACAUGAUUAAUGGUGGGUGGUGGCAUUCACGUUGUGAUAUCUAUGCGCUCAGUGCGAGUUUUUUAACGCUCUCGAUAGCGUAAAAGUUAACUCAAAUAUGUAUGGAAUUGGAACGUUUGCCUACGUUUGCCGCUAGGGGCGUUGUUCCAGCUCCAUAAGUUAACUUUUACGCUAUCGAAAACGUUAAAAAACUCGCACUAAACACACUGUACACUCCAAUCGACAGCCACUGGACACCAGUUUCAAAAUUUAUGUUUGUUUUUAAUAUGUUAAUCACAAACACAACUUCAAGUUAUUUCGUAUAUUAAGAAUGAAGUUCCGUCACUUAUCUAAUCACUACAUAGUAUAAAACAAAGUCGCUUUCUCUGUCCCUAUAUCUGUCCCUAUGUAUGCUUAAAUCAUUAAAACUACGCAACGGAUUUUGAUGCGUUUUUUUUUAAUAGAUAGAGUGAUUGAAGAGGAAGGUUUAUAUAUAUAAUAACAUGCAUUAAAUAGUGGAGGAAUCAAUAAUAAAUUACAGUUUCCGAAGCGAAGCGAGGGCGGGUCGCUAGUUUAUUAUGUGUCAUAGAAGUAAUGUAGCUACCCAAAAUGUGUCCCUGUUGAAUUCAUUCAGCAUGACGGGCUGCGAAGAGUCCAUUAAAAUUGCUUAACUGACAUUGUUAUUGAUGUGUUAAUAUGUCUCUCGGCUUUGCAGACAUCAUUUCAAUAACCUCAACCUACAAAACUAACAUCGGUUCAAAGGUAUUGUUUCUAUUCAUAUUCUUAUUACAAGACAGUCAAGUGGAAUUUUCUUUUUUUGUUUCUUUUGAGUUUUUAUCUUUUCUUAUAGCUAUUGAGGGGUUUGAUUGUAAUCAAUAAAUUAUUUUUGGAAACAAAGAGUUUGCUUCAAAUUGUUAAUAACGAAAUAGGAAAAGAAAUUUAUUGUAUGCAAUGAUACGAAAUGUUAUGGUGCAAUGAUUUUGUUCUAAAAUGAUAAUCGAAUGCCCAAGACAAGGCCAGUGCAAUUUAAGCAAGAUUUUUAUUUCCAAAGUACUCAUCCGACCUUACAGUUCUAAUGUUGAGACCUAUGGAAUGUCUUAAAACAAAACCUUUCCAAUCGAUAUUAAUUUCGUAAGUAGCAUGUACUGCAAUAGCGUGAUAUUUAUUUACGUUAUCUACUUCGCAAGAUCCAUUUUCGAUUACAUUAGAAAUAAAGACUAUAAGAAAUAGAGAUUUGUUCUUAGACAAACGUUAUGUCAUUAUUCAAACGAGGCUUGUGGGGAGAGUAUUAAGCGGUAGGCAGCGGCUUGGCUCUGCCCCUGGCAUUGCCGAAGUCUAUGGGCGACGGUAACCGCUUACCAUCAGGUGGGCUGUAUGCUCGUCUGGCUACACGGGCAAUAAAAAUAAAAAACUUUAGGGCGUGGGUCGAGCGACGAGUAUGGUUUGAUUUCUUAAUCACUGAAACAUCAUUGAUUCAGUAAUCGAAACUAUACUCCCUAGAAUGGCAGUUAAGGUAUAAAAUACAAUGACAGUCCUACAUCAGCUCGUCAUCCCAUUUUCUUAUCGCAUAUAAGUAGAGGAUACCACCGCGUCUACGGGUAAUCGACUGUCGAAACAGAAUGGCAUCGACCUAUAGGUCAAGGUUUCAUAGCAUUAUCCCACAUCUGUCCGAAGCAUCAAUAGUUCACGACGAAAUGAAACAGAAAAAUCUUGAGAGGUGUCAAGGGACACCCGGUUGGAACGAAGUUCCUUUCGAUUUAUUAGUGGAGGAAUUGUAAAUUUUUUUUUAAAUUAUAAUAAUUUUUUUAUGUACAAUAAACCUGUAUACACUCAACAAAAAUAAUCGUCGCGACAUCACAUUGUUCAAUGCGAAAUAGAAACACGAAACGAAAAUAGGAAGAGACAGGCAGAGAGAGAGAGAGAGAGAGAGAGAGAGAGAGAGAGAGAGAGAGAGAGAGAGAGAGAGAGAGAGAGAGAGAGAGAGAGAGACAGACAGAGAAACACGCGCACGCCGCACGGCUUACAACUAUAGCAAAAAGUGUCGUUACAACUUUUGGUCUUAAUUUUUUUCCGUCUAGCCCCCUUUCGAAACGCGCUAUAAGGAACUUCGUUCCAAAACGCAAGCCCACAAAACACUUACAAGUCAGUGAGAAGUAUAAAUACACGCUAUUGCAUUACAAUCAUUACAAUACCGUUUCUGUUUCUUUUAUCAGCUUAAUGCAAACACUCCGGUUGUACUAAUUGAACUGAAUAAUGACUGACCUGGUGGUGCGGUAGUUAGCGCACUGACUAUUGCGCUCAGGGUCGGGAGUUCGAUUCCCACAUCGGACAAACAUUCGUGUCGUGAACAGUUUCCUUUGCUCUUCGUCUGGAUAUUUAUUAUCUAUAUAUGUAUAUAUUUAAACGUAUAUAAGUAUGUAUGUCAAUCUCUGGUGGUCAUAACACAAGGAAUCCUAAUUUGGGGCCGAAUAACCGUGCGUAAUUUGUUCCCAAUUAUUUAGUAUUUAUUUUAAUAAUAUAAUUAAAGCAAUAGGCUGAUUUGUUCUCAAGAUGUAUUUAUCAGAAUUAUUAGCGUUGUUCCUCAAAGAAAGCGAUCGUGAAGCAUAAUGUAUAAUAAUUAUAAGUUAUAUAAAAUUUUAAAUAAUACUACAAAUAAUUAUUUUAAUUGUAGGUAUGUAUGUAAUUCUUUUUUUUAAUCGAAAAACGUAAGUAGAAUUUAUUGUAAUUAACAUUUCGAAAGUAAACUCAAAAAACGGACGAUUUCAUGUUUUUAAAUAAUGUUAACUGUUAAAUAACGUUAUUAUUUAUAACGUUAAAUAACGUUAUUAUUUAUAACGUUAUUUAAUAAUUAACAUUUUAUUAAUGUUUAAAUAACAAUUCUAUUCGUUUUAAUGAUUAUUAAAAGAGACAACGACUUAUUUAUUGUAUUAUUGUAAAAUUAUAUUUAUUUAAUAAUUCGUAGAAAUAAGUACAAUAAUGCACUUAUUAUUAAUAAAAGCAAUAAACGUGUCAUAAUAUUAUAUUAAAUUUUAAGUCACCUAUAAAAUAAAAAUAAUUAAUGUAUC